GAAGCGCGCUCAAGGGGACGAGAUUAUGUUUACUGAAACAUAAGAAGACGGCACUGGUAUGCGAACAGGCGGUUGGAUCAUCGCAACCCCCGGCUUGGCCUGGUCCAUCAUUCUCCCGGUUCGGAGAUCCAUGAUUCGAGUGGCUUUCGCAGAUCAAGGCUCUGAGCAACCAGCAAGUCUCGGGGAAUGGAAGAGCAAGAUGGCCGUAGUGACCCGGAGGCGGACCCGACUUUACCAAGAAAGAAAAUACUCGACCGAGUUUUAGUCGCUGAACAGCCCGAGAUGCAUACAUGUAUGCACCACGAACCAAGGACCAAAGACCAAAGACCAAUGACCGAGGGAGGACCCCUGUCGUCCUAUUCUGCCUGCAACCCACCCUCC